UCCCUCCCUCCGUCCCUCCUUCCUCCUCUUCCUCCUCCUCCCGGGGCCUCCGAUGCCGCCGCCUCCCGCCCGCUGCUGAGCCGUGACGGGCGGGGGCCCCCGGGACCCCGCGGGGGACAUGGGCAACGGGAUGUGCUCCCGGAAACAGAAGCGGAUUUUCCAGAGCCUGCUGCUCCUGACCGUGGUGUUCGGGUUCCUCUACGGGGCGAUGCUCUACUACGAGCUGCAGGGCCAGCUCAGGAAGGCUGAGGCCACGGCGCUCAAGUACCAGCAGCAUCAGGAGUCCCUCUCGGCUCAGCUACAAGUUGUCUAUGAGCACAGGUCAAGAUUAGAAAAGUCGUUACAAAAGGAGAGGCUCGAACAUAAGAAAGCAAAAGAAGAUUUUCUUGUUUAUAAACUAGAAGCACAGGAAACACUAAAUAAAGGAAGGCAAGACUCCAACAGCAGAUACAGCGCUCUGAGUGUCCAGCACCAGAUGCUGAAGAGUCAACACGAAGAGCUGAAGAAGCAGCACGCUGACCUUGAGGAAGAUCACAGAAAACAAGGAGAAGAGUUUAGCAGGACAUUCAGUGUUCACAAGGAGAGGUACUUGCAGCUGCAGCAGGAGAAGGAGCAGGAGAUCUCCAAGCUGAAGGAGUCCCUGUAUAACCUACGGGAGGAGAACAGGCAGUUGAGGAAAGCUCACCAAGACAUUCACACCCAGCUGCAGGAUGUCAAGCAACAGCAUAAGAACUUGCUGUCCCAGCACAACCAGCUUGUGGUGACAUUGGAAGACCACAAGAGUGCACUAGCUGCUGCUCAGUCCCAGGUGGAGGAAUACAAACAGCUGAAGGACACCCUCAAAAAAAUACCGAGUUUCCAACAGUCUGAGAGGUUGGAAGGAGAGAAUGAGCAGCCUGAGGUGCGGAGAAUGUCCCCCCACAGUGACCUCCCGGAGCACCAGGGAGCUGUGGCUCAGCAGCACCAGGAGAAUGAGAAGCCAAAAGAGAGAGGAGAAAUAAAUACCCAGGGACAAGCAGACAGGGCUGAGCCCUUCCAUCUCCAGGGAAGGGCUAAGGAGGUCCAGCAUCCCAAAGAGCUCAAUAUUCAGGAGCAACAAGAGGCUGGAGAGGAUGUUGAGCAACGUGCUGACCAAGCCGAAGAAGAACGCAAAAAGGAACUUCAGGAGGAAGAAAUGGAGCAGGCAGGUCAGCCUGAGCACUUAGGGGAGGAGCAGGAUCAAGUCCCAGAAGAGCACGAAUGGAAAAAGCAGGAGCAGAAAGAAGAAGAAACCAACAUGUUGGGUGAUCACCUCCAGUCAGAGGCAACACCAACAAAAGCUGUGCCAAAGAGACAAAAACCAGCUUAUGAGCAACAGCUGGAGCAGCAGCACCUUGGAGCCCAGAGAGCAGAGGAGGCCGAGCAGCUCCGGCAGCACCAGGAGUCGCUGCACCAGCAAAGGCUGCGAGGGCAGAUCCUGAGGCAGCAGCAGCUCCAGGAGAAAGAGCUCCAGCUCCACAAACAGGCAGAACAAGGGGAAAAACUCUACAAAAACCAGCUCAGCCAACAGGCUCAUUAUGACAACAUGGACCAGGAUAUUGUACAAGGGGAAGAAGAGCAAGGGAUUCAGGAAGAGGAAGGAGCUUAUGAACAUGACAACCAGCACCAGGAUGAAGGUGAAGAUGAUGAUCAAAAUAAUGCAAAUGAACAGCAAGAACCAGAACAUCAAGCAGAAAAUCAGCAGGCUGAUGAAUCAAAGGCAGCCAUGGAAGAUGUGAAUCCUGCUGAUGACCCCAACAAUCAGGGAGAAGAUGAAUUCGAGGAAGCUGAGCAAGAGAGAGAAGAAAACCUACCAGAUGAAAACGAAAAGCACAAGGAAGCCAGCGAGAAACAAGGACACCCGGCAAUGGAAGAGCACUUGGUGAUGGCAGGCAACCCCGACCAGCAGGAAGAUAAUGUGGAUGAGCAAUACCAGGAUGAGGGGGAAGAGGAGGUCCAGGAAGAUUUGACUGAAGAGAAGAAACGAGAACUGGAACACAACGCCGAGGAGCCAUACGGGGAAAACGAGGAAAAUGCAGAUGAAAAGAAUAACAGAGGGACAGACCAAGAGCAAGAAAUGCAAGAAGAGAACAACCAGAAAGAAGUUCAUGAAGACAAUUAUGAGGAGGAAGAAGAGGAGGAAGAGGAGGAAGGCAGAGCUGUUGCAGCAAAAUCUCGUAGACGAGGGGAGAUGUAGUCCCUGCAUUUUUCUUUUUCAGGACACAAAUUCCUGUUGUGUUUUACUUUGUUUUUUUUUUU